UUUUGCGUGAGGCCUUUGAGAAGGCUGUUAUUAAGAGGCUGAUGACUGAUGUACCUUUUGGUGUGCUCUUGUCCCGGUGGUCUUGAUUCUUCACUUGUUGCUUCUGUAGCAUCACGGAAUUUGUCUGAGGUUAAAAGCACCAUUCAGUGGGGAUCUCGAUUACAUACAUUCUGUGUUGGUUUGAAGGGUUCUCCUGAUCUGAAAGCUGCUAGGGAAAUUGCAGAUUAUCUUGGUACCAUCCAUCAUGAGUUUCACUUCACAGUGCAGGAGGGUAUUGAUGCACUUGAAGAAGUCAUUUUUCACAUUGAAAGUUAUGAUGUGACAACUAUUAGGGCAAGCAAACCAAUGUUUUCAAUGUCAUGCAAGAUUAAGUCAUUGGGUGUAAAGAUGGUGCUUUUUGGGGAAGGUUCAGAUGAAAUUUUUGGCUGUUACCUAUAUCUUCAUAAGGUACCCAAUAAGGUGGAAUUUCAUCAAGAAAGAUGUCGGAAGGUAACUAUGGGAAGCCCUUACUUUUUGCCAAUGAUAGCAUCUAUCCACUUAUUUUCCAGCUUGUUAAAAUUUCAAUAAUGAUGCACAUUUGCAUAUUUGAAAACUUGUUAAACCUUUUUCUCAUGUUCAUUUAGCAUCAGUGAAUACAAUGUCUAGUUUGGUUCCUGGUUUUGUUGAG